AUGAAGUUAGUUGCAACAGUAGAAGGGAUAACUUCCAUUGUCCUGGACCCGUCAAAAAAUACCGUGACAGUAACCGGGGAAGCCGAUCCGGUAAAGAUCAUUCACAAGGUGAGGAAGUUCAGAAAAUCUGCUUCGGUUGUGAGCAUCGGUCCUCCAAAGCCGGAAGAGAAGAAGGAUGAGAAGAAAGACAGAGACGGCCAUGGCCUUGUUCCUUACAUACCAAAGACAUGUCAAAGAUGUGAUGUCUGGUAUGUGGUUGCUGAAGAUGGUUAUAACAAUUACUGUUCCGUUAUGUAA